UCACCAUAGCUCCACUCAGAUACUCAAUUUCAUUUUCUCAACGAAAACAUAAACCUCUCUUCUUGAUCAAGUACAACUCAAUCAAUCACAUAAUAUGACUAGUUCUCUCCUUCUCUCCACUCCCUUAUCUUCCUUUCUCCGUCCUCCCAAGAGCCGCCUAACUCAUCUAUUUCCUACCAAACCCAGCUCACUACUCUCCUUCUCAAUCUCUGCCAAACCUUUGUACUCUUCCAAUCCCUCCAAAUUUCUUAUUCGCACUUCCACUAAGGACGCCAAUACUUAUGUCUCUGAACAAGAAGACGAUAAGGGUCUGGUGGGCGAGGACUCUGCUGCCUUCGAUUUGGGGGAGCAGAAGAUUUCUUCUUGGAUUUAUUUCAGUGUAAUUCUAGGAGUUGUUCUGUUUGUUCUUCAGGUUGCUUGGAUUGAUAACUCUACAGGUUUCGGGAAAGUCUUUAUUGAUUAUGUUUCUACACUUUCAGAAAGCCAUGAGGUUGUGAUGUUACUACUCACUAUCAUUUUUGCCACUGUCCACAGUGGCCUAGCUAGUCUCCGAGAUGAUGGUGAGAAACUUAUCGGUGAGCGUGCAUUUCGGGUUAUAUUUGCUGGGUUGUCUCUUCCUUUAGUUGUUAGCACUGUGGUUUACUUCAUCAAUCACAGAUACGAUGGGUUGCAGCUAUGGCAGGUUCAAGGUGUACCUGGCAUCCAUCAACUUGUGUGGAUUUCUAAUUUUCUAUCCUUCUUUUUCCUUUAUCCUUCUACCUUUAAUCUUUUGGAGGUGGCCUCUGUUGACAAGCCUAAGAUGCAUCUUUGGGAAACUGGGAUCAUUAGAAUCACCAGGCACCCACAGAUGGUUGGGCAGGUGAUUUGGUGCCUGGCUCACACUAUUUGGAUUGGGAAUUCAGUAGCUGUGGCUGCUUCUGUUGGGUUAAUUGGACACCAUUUAUUUGGUGUUUGGAAUGGGGAUAGGAGGUUAGCUAAAAGAUAUGGAGAGGCUUUUGAAGUUGUGAAGAGCCGAACCAGUGUCAUUCCAUUUGCAGCUAUCCUUACCGGGCGUCAACUAUUGCCAAAAGAUUAUUACAAGGAAUUUAUCCGACUUCCAUAUUUGACCAUCACUGCCUUGACACUGGGUGCCUACUUUGCACAUCCACUUAUGCGGGCGGCCAGUUUCCAACUUCAUUGGUAGGGAUAAUUGGCAUAGGGAUACAUAUGUAUGUACUCAAUGCAACACCUGAUCGUAAAUUUUAUGUCUGCCACUUCCACAUACACAUGAAUGGAACACAAAUUGUUAAGAUAUAGUAUGAAGACGGUAACACUUUCAUA